AACACACAUGCACGCAUCAUGGCUGCCUCCCUGCUCUGCUGCCUCCUGCUUCUGUCGGGUUGCUGGUUCCAUCCAGCCACCGCCUUCAAGGUAGUGGAAGGAGGCGUGGCCUCCUUGUCCUGCCAGUACUCGGUGAAGCGGUUUGGACUGAGCCGAGUGUGUUGGGGGAGGAGCUGCGGCACCUUCUGGUGCAACAACAUCCUGGUCCAGAUGGAUGAGAGCGGCGUGGUCACCAAGGAGUCGGAGCGUUACCGACUGGUGGGGGAUGUGUUGGACGGAGAGAUGGACCUGGACAUCAUAGGCGUGCGGCGGUCAGACAGCGGUCAGUACUGUUGCCGCAUCGACAUCGCUGGUCUCUUCAACGACAAGAAGGUCAUCAUGAACCUGCGGGUCAUCAGAGGAAGUGUUUCAGCCCGUAACAUCACUCCUAGCGUAACUAAGCCAACGCUGCUUCAGAACGCCAGUCACAUGACCUCGCCCACCGUGUUGAACGUCACGGCCACACCCUCUCUUCACGUGGAACUGCUGUUGGUGUCCGGAGUGUCGCUUCUCUUCCCGCUAGCUGCACUGUGCGUUUUCCUGCACAAAUGGCGAGCGUGUGACCGAUAUGCCCGCAGCUGCUGCACGUGCGGAGAGCCGCGUCACAUCCUGUAUGAAAUCCGGACCAGAAGCCGCGGCCAGGAGAACAUUUACACGCUGGACUAGAACCCAACUUGGUGGAUGUAAAAUUUCACAAUAAAAUGCAAAACCUUU